AUGCAGCAAGAACAUAAAAAAAAGAAUUCGACGGAGAUGGAUUUCUUCUCUGAGUAUGGUGAUGCCAACCGGUACAAAAUUCAAGAAGUCAUUGGUAAAGGAAGUUACGGUGUUGUCUGUUCGGCCAUUGACACUCAUACCGGUGAAAAAGUCGCCAUUAAGAAAAUUCAUGACAUUUUCGAGCAUAUAUCUGAUGCUGCGCGUAUUCUCCGUGAGAUAAAGCUGCUUAGACUUCUACGACAUCCUGAUAUUGUUGAAAUUAAACACAUUAUGCUUCCUCCUUCUAGGAAGGAUUUCAAAGAUAUUUACGUUGUUUUUGAGCUCAUGGAGUCAGAUCUUCAUCAAGUUAUUAAAGCGAACGAUGACUUAACGAAAGAGCACUAUCAAUUUUUUCUUUAUCAAUUGCUUCGAGCACUGAAGUAUAUUCACACUGCGAAUGUCUAUCAUCGAGAUUUGAAGCCAAAAAAUAUACUGGCAAAUGCAAACUGCAAACUUAAAAUUUGCGAUUUCGGUCUAGCUAGAGUUGCAUUCAGUGACACACCAACAACUGUAUUUUGGACGGAUUAUGUUGCUACAAGGUGGUACAGGGCUCCAGAGCUAUGUGGAUCGUUUUACUCGAAGUAUACACCAGCUAUUGAUAUAUGGAGUAUAGGUUGCAUUUUUGCUGAAGUAUUAACAGGAAAGCCUCUUUUUCCUGGAAAGAAUGUAGUCCAUCAAUUGGAUCUGAUGACGGAUCUGCUCGGUACUCCCUCCCUGGAUACUAUAUCGCGGGUGCGAAACGAGAAGGCAAGAAGAUACCUUACUAGCAUGAGAAAAAAACAGCCUGUGCCAUUCGCACAGAAAUUUCCAAAUGCCGACCCUUUAGCUUUACGACUACUGGAAAGGUUGCUCGCUUUUGACCCAAAAGACCGACCUACUGCUGAAGAGGCACUGGCCAACCCUUACUUCAAGGGACUCGCAAAAGUUGAGAGGGAACCGUCCUGCCAGCCUAUCACGAAAAUGGAGUUUGAAUUUGAAAGACGAAGAGUCACAAAGGAAGAAAUUCGAGAGCUAAUUUUCCGCGAGAUUCUAGAGUAUCAUCCUCAACUUUUGAAAGACUACAUCAAUGGAACAGAAAGAACUAAUUUUCUCUAUCCAAGUGCCGUGGAUCAAUUCAGAAAGCAGUUUGCUCAUCUAGAGGAAAAUGGUAAAAAUGGUCCUGUUAUACCACUUGACCGAAAACAUGUUUCUCUUCCAAGGUCAACAAUUGUACAUUCAAGUUCGGUAUCUCAAAAAGAACAAACAAGUAUUGCUUCUAACAAAAACCGGCCAACACCCGAGGAAUAUAAUAAGAUCACUAGAGAUACCGAAAUUUCAAUGCCAAGGACGAUCCAAGGACCGCAAAGAAUUCCAAUAUCAAAGCCUGGUAAAGUUGUCGGGCCGGUUGUUCCCUACGAGUAUGGAAACAUUGUUAAGGAUUCUUACGAUCCAAGGGCGUUUAUUAGAGGCUCUUCCGUGCUUCCUCCUCAACCUGUUCCGCCAGCAUAUUACUAUCAAAGGCCACUUAGUAGUACAUCUACUCAAGAAAGGUCGGCCACAGAAGCCGAUAAGGGUGUGGUGUUGCAAGCAAAACAUGGACAACAAUGUGGAGUUAAUGCGAAGAUGGGACCAGAUAUAGCCAUUAAUAUUGAUACAAAUCCUUUUUUCAUGACAAGGGUAGGAGUAAACAAGUUAGAAAAAGAUGAUCAAAUCACAAUAGAAACAAAUUUGUUGCAAUCAAAGGCGGCGCAAUAUGGUGGAGUUGGUGCAGCAGCUGGGGCCACUGCUCAUAGAAAAAUUGGAACUGUUCAAUAUGGUAUGACAAGAAUGUUCUAG